AGAACCAGCGGAGAACGGUCGUCGGCCGUCUGUUGCUGCGGUGCUUGCUUUGUUAUUAUUGUCGCGGUCACCGUCGCGAGAUAAAGACGUCCGAGACCGCUCUUAAGCUACAUCCGGCCGACACUUUUCGGACGUGUUUCUCUUUGAUUAGGUCACUCGUCACCCGUGUGUUAACAUGAAUCUCGGUUGAAGCGGCGUCGCCGCUUUUUCAGUUUACACUUGGACGCCGGCCUCGGCAGUGGAAGCAAACAAUGCCGGCGCUCAAGCUGCUCGGCAGGCGAUGGCUCCUUGGCAGCGACGACUUUGUGCUGCCUGGAAGUUUGGAGUUUGCUCUCAAAAUGCCAUGGUUGGCACUGAUUUUGGUGGUAAUCGUCCGAGAGUGGGUGUUUGCGGAAGAUGGGUGUCCUGACCUUCCACCUUUGGACCCAGUGCUGGCCGAGAUCAGGUCGCAACUGGCCAACAGACUUCGCAUUUACGUGAUGGGCAGUGCGGCCCUUCUCGUGCUCAGCACCAUCACCGUCGCCGUGCUUGUGGCCCACAGUGCGCGAGGGUCACCUGUAGAGGAGGAAGCGCGUCGUCAUGUGCCCCAAAUCCUCAAGUUCAAGUUCUCUCUGAUGUUUCCCGAGUUGAUCUGGAACAUCCUUGGCACCCUUUGGGCCUAUGAACUUGGCGAGGUGAUGCCGCGUUGCGCCGGAGAGGCCUUCACGUCCACCGUCAUCAAAGGAGUGCUGAUUUUCAACUGGUUGUCCUUGGUGGCGACGAUCCUCGGCAUGGCUCUGCUCUUUGACCCCCUGGGCUCGGCCAGGUACUACGCGCCUUGCGACGGCGGCGCCAACUGCCUUGAAGACCACCACGAGCAGCACGCUCAGCGCAGCAGGGCCAUUUGGCAGCGCCGGUUUGCCUGGCUCUUCUGCUGGAUGAGGCCGGACGAGCACAGCCGGACAGCUUUCCACGACGUCGCCAGCCUUUUUAGCGCCCUCUUCCGCAGCACAGAUCUGGUGCCCUCAGACGUUGCUUCGGCCUUUGUGUUACUUCGGGUCAAGCAAAAACGAGAAGUGCGCAUGCAACGUGAAAAACUCGCCAAAAGCCGAGGCAACAGAGAGUGGACUCAACAUUUUCCAACUCAUGCUCAGGGCAUUUCACCACCACUGAGCUUGGACGAGGACACUCGAGUGAUUGGCGCUGCCGAAUGGAUGAAGCUCAGCAUUGCCAGGCACUACCUCAGAUUAUCCAUGGCCGCCUACGGCUGGCCACUGGUCAUGUACCUUCACUGCUUCACAGGAUUUUUCCGUCUGUUGCCGUACAUGGCCUGCUGUGGCUGUAUGAGAUCAAAGACUCCUCGAGUUGUGGAGGACAACUGUUGUCUGUGCAACGUUGCUGGAAUGCGCAGUUUGUCCGGAGUUCCUGCACAUGACAUUUUGUACGCUUCGUUCCGCAACCGACUCUUUGAGGUUCCUUUUCUUGUUGUCGCUGACCACUCAACAAAAAGUAUUGUGGUGGUCAUGCGGGGCUCCAUCUCGCUCAGAGACAUUUUCACCGACUUCACAGCAGCAUCCUAUGAACUCGAGGCGCCCGAACUUCCGCCAAACUGCAAGGGUCACAAAGGCAUGAUCCAUGUUGCCCAAUACGUCCUCAGAACCCUGCAGCAGGAAUCUAUUUUGACUGAAGCUUUUGAGAGCCACCCUGAAUAUAAUUUAAUUGUUACUGGCCACAGUUUGGGUGCUGGCGUUGCUGUUUUACUUGGAUUGAUGUUGAAACCCACAUAUCCCGACUUAAAGUGUUAUGCCUUUGCUGCUCCUGGCGGCCUCUUAUGCCCUGAAGCUGCUGCAGCAAGCGAAUCUUUUACGUUGACAGUAGGUCUUGGUGAUGACCUUGUCAUGAGACUUGGAGUGGACAGUAUUGAGAAUCUCAGAACCGACCUUUUGACUGCAAUUAGAUGUUGCAUGCUCCCAAAAUACCGAGUACUUUUAAGUGGGUUCAUGUAUGUUCUCUUUGGAGUUCCUGACCACGUUUUGGAGCAGACGUGGGAAAUAGCUGAUGAGAAGUUGGAGAGAAUUCCAACAAAGCGAUACCGUGCCAUCCACAAGCUGGUGAUGGGUCCUCCAACUUCAAUCGAAGCAUCGAGACUGGCAUGCAAUGUAGGACGGAGGCGCUUUUCCGAGCAAAGACUCUUCUCUCCAGGCAAAAUACUUCACAUCACUAGAUGCAAAAGCUCAGGCCCAAGCGGAAACGGUCGGCGACGUCAUCAUGAGCUGCGUUGGGCGGGCAAGGAGCAUUUCACUCAGCUGCGGGUGAUGCCACGCAUGAUUCUGGAUCACCUACCAGAAAACAUCCUUGCUGCAAUGGAUAAUCUUCUAGCUGAACACGAGGAACAGAUUUCUAACAACCCUGACAGCAUUGAAGUUUCAUCGUAGAGUUCCGUCCUUUCAUUUGUUUUAUAUCAACUCUUCCGUGGUGAACAACUGCUGUGACCGAAGUGAAAUCAUGACAAAGAAGUGAUAUUUUUUACAAUUGUAUUUACACAAGAUCAACUGCUGUGGAGAUUAUUAGGUGUAAAGUACUUGAUCAUUCCCCUCUAUUUUGUUAAUAAUUUAUUUAUGAUCGGAAACAACAACAGAUACAUGUGACUGUAACAUAGAGCCGCUCUAUUUUGUAACUAACUGUUGUCUCAAUAUUUUUACUUUUGAACGGAAAGUGAUUUUAUGUUUAUUAUAGUAGAUGUCUUGGAGGAAAGGUUACAUCUCUUUGUCUUAUAUGCCAUUAAAAGUUAUUACUUUGUAUUGGUGAAAAAUUUUAUUGUUAUUAUUUAAUUACU